AUGUCAUCCUUUUCUGCAAAGCGACAAGGUCGAUCUAGACCGUCUGAUAUGAUCCUUGGACGCCGACGAUCCGAAGACAAGUCGAUGCCUUCGCCUUCUUUCAACAGCUCAAUGUCACUCGGCAACAUCGACGACGUCUUCUGUGAUUCUUCGAGAUCUACGGAUCGGCUCCGGCAUCAUUAUCUGGCCAUCCCUACAACUCCAUCUACCCUCUAUGCAGGCAGCUCACCGGGGACAAAGAUGGAACGCCUUCCUAGUCUUACAGAUAUCUUUCAUCGCGACAUUCUUUCUCCACCCAGCAGCAAUAUUGUUUCUUUGAGCUCCGUACGGUCUAACUACUGUGGGACCGGUAUGCAUCGCACUGGAUCCAUGUCAUCUGACUCUUCGGGCCGCAGCCGAGCAUGGCUACCUACUUUCAAUCAAGAGGCACGGGCAGGUUCAAUCGGUCCUCCGGCAACACCUCUCUCACCGUUCUUCAGCACAGGGCAAACAGUGGUAUCUCCAACAACGGUAUCUCCCGAUCGCCGUUCCGAUACGAUUUAUGGUUUAAGUGAUGGUGAGAGGACUCCACGAGCUUUUCAAAGACCUUCAUUUGACUAUAACAGGCGGUCGGACCUCAACGGCAGCUCUCCACCAUGUCCUGGCGCACCUCUCAUCGGUAUUCAGAGUCGUGGCCAUUUUGAAAGUCAAACUUGGCAAACGCAAGCUUGUGCUGGAUCCUUGGGCCUAUUUGAGGGCAUUCAGCGCCGGAGCUCUUAUGGCAGGAACCCAACCGUCUUUCUCGAAAGAGAUGAGCUGGUCAAGGAGCGGGCUGCGAUGUCCGCGCUUGAAGCUCGUAUGCCAAAAGCAGCUGGAUUGUGUGGCCUCGGCAUCUACAUGGAUGAGGACAAUAUUCAGUCACCCUUCCGCAAGGCAGAAUCGAAAGAUUCUCAGCAUGCUGAGUCAGAAAGGGCUUCUCCAUUCGAACGACAGAUAGCAUUCAACGAACACACUGGGUUGACGCCGAUGGUUAAAGCAUCAAAAGUCUCGGAUUCGUCUAGCACACCAACACGUUCGAAAGCCAAGAGAUCCUCCUCGAGCGCACUUCAAACGUCUUUCUCCUCAAAAAUUCCAGCGUCACAGGUUCAGGCUUCUCAGUCUGCUACGGCUACAAGGAAGAAAGUGGAAAUGUCCAGAACUCCACUAAACAAGUCGAGACCCAUGUUUCGCCUGGAGAACGGAUCAUGUAAACCAAAAGGGCACAAGAUGAGUCCCGACUCAUCUCCGUGGGGCGUAUUCGGUGCCAAAGACGGUUGGAAGCCACUUGCACCGCCGAACGUGUCGCGAGCCAUUGCCGAGGCGAACAAGCUUGUGUUGGACACAGGUCCCACCAUCAAACUGACUUCGACGUCGAGCAAAACGUCGCCGACCGGCAAGAGGGAGGCUCUUGACUCCAAGAGUUCAAGCCCAUUGAAGCGCUCUCGUACAGGCGUUUUGCAGACCACUUCGUCUCCAUUCAAGGAAAAUGUCGCUCCGUCUCUUCGAAAGAUGUCUCCGUCCAAGCGUGCACCCAUGUUGUCAAAAACACACCGUGAUUCUCCGACCGCAUUGCCGCUCACGGGCAUUCGCUAA